CCAAUCAACAAGUGGACCUCAAGUACCUACCUAGGUAGGUAGGCACCUAGGCGUUAUUGAUCCCUUCUGCUGGCCAGAUCAUCGAUUAAUCCAUUCAGGUCAUAGCGAAAAGGAGUUGAGUGCGCAGGCUUACACGUACAUACACUAGCCAGUGCACUAGAUCGCAACCUUCAGUUACUAUUGCCCGUCGAGGCCUGUCUUCUUUUCGACAACUCGAGUCUCUUAUGCCAACCGCUAUUUCUUCUCCCACGGCAUAACGACUUUCUAGCCACCACGCUCAUUCAUCACCUCUUAUCGCUGCGCACGACUUGUCUGUUCCUGUCGCACUUUUACAAGCCCUCCCCUUACAUUCAUAGAUUAUCUACUAUCGCGUCGCGCCUCUGAACCCGAUCACCAUGGACAGCAUUGAGGCCGACCAGACGCCUUUUGCGGCCGUUACAGCCCAAACUUCAAAGAUCCAGAGGCAAUACCAAACUCUCCUCGAUAAAUCAACACCCUAUGUUCUAUAUCGCUGGAUUGGCACGGCCGUAGGCUUAUCGCUCUUCUUCCUUCGAGUAUUUGUCGCGCAAGGCUGGUACAUUGUGGCCUAUGCGCUCGGCAUCUACCUGCUCAACCUUUUCCUCGCAUUCCUACAGCCCAAGUUCGACCCGUCAAACGAUAUCCUCGACAAUGAAAUGGAAGACGGGUCUGCCGGUAGUCUCCCCACCAAGCAGGAUGAAGAGUUCCGGCCAUUUAUCCGUCGCCUGCCCGAGUUCAAGUUUUGGUACGAGGCAACUCGCGCCGUUGUCAUUUCAUUCGUCUGCAGCUGGUUCGACGUCUUCGACAUCCCCGUCUUUUGGCCCGUCCUGGUCAUGUACUGGUUUAUCCUUUUCAUCCUGACCAUGCGCAAGCAAAUCCAGCACAUGAUCAAAUACCGAUAUGUCCCCUUCUCUUUUGGCAAGGCGAAAUACGGUAAAAGCAGUACCUCAUAAACGACGUCUGGGGGGGACUUGGCUGUGAGAGGGCUCUUGUGGCGUUGAAAUCCCCAAUGCCAACAGGUGUAAAUGGGGAAUGUUGAACGGCCACCGAGAGGAGACCGUCACUAUCUUAGAUCAGGCCUGAGCUAAGUGCAAGAUGAUAGGCAGAGCUUCGAAUUGUACAAAUUUAUGAUCAAUGCAUAAUGUACGUGUAUGCAGGGAAUUGUUUGUGGUUGCAAGCAGAUUCUUUCUUACGCGCAUGGUACCAAACUAGGGGGUUUCAAGGAUGGGAUUCCAGGUUGCGCAACGGAAAUUUUGGCGCAGAGAUGUUUCUUUGCUAAGGUAUCGGGCGACUAUAGAUUUUGUAAUAGUGCGAAGCACAGUGAAGCUUUAGAUACUACACUACCGGACGUGUAUUUUUACAAGCAGCAAUGCGACAAAGUUCAAAACGGGCGCUAUUACUUAGGAGAAUACCUGGUACCUAGAUACGCUUAGGUAGCGUAAGUAAGCCCCUGUAGUUGCCCAUACUGUAGG